AUGGAGUCCAAACCCAAAGAAGUAGAAGAAGUUGAAACAUUUAGUGAAGAUGGAGAGGAUCAUCCUAAACGAGGAGGCUGGAUAACCUUCCCCUUCGUUACAGGAAGUAUGUUGGGUCUGUCGAUAGCAGGUGGCGGGUGGGGGUCCAACUUGAUAGUAUUUCUGAUAACAAAAUUCAAUGUGAAGAGCAUAAGCGCAACACAGAUCACUAACAUCAUCUUUGGCACCAACAAUCUCAUCCCCAUUGUCGGAGCCUUCAUUGCCGAUUCCUUCUUGGGAUCUUUUUCUGUCGUCGUCAUUUUUUCCUUCCUUUCUCUACUGGGUAUGACCAUGUUAACCCUAAUAGCUACAAUGCAUUCCUUGAGGCCUUCAUCAUGUCCACCUGGCUCACUCACAUGUGAAGGUCCAUCAAACUUUCAAUACUCAGUCCUCUAUGGAGCAUUAGCCCUAGCUUCACUAGGGCUUGGAGGAACUAGCUUCACAAUUGCAACCAUGGGAGCUGACCAAUUUAAAAACCCCAAGGACCAAGGGGUUUUCUUCAAUUGGUAUUUCAUGGCCUUGUAUGUUGCCAAUCUCAUCAGCUCCACCGCCAUCAUCUAUGUCGAGGACAACGUGGGAUGGGGAUUAGGGUUUGGGAUUUGCUUCAUUGCAAAUGCUAUUGGGAUACUGGUGUUUUUGUUGGGGAAGCGAUUUUACAGGCAAGUUAAACCAAUGGGUAGCCCCUUCAUGAGCAUAGCACGAGUUUUGGUUGCAUCGAUUUGGAAAAUGAAGAUAUCAUUGGCAACUUCAAGAGACUCGGACUACUUUUAUGCAGAUGAGGUUUUUGCUGACAAUACAGUCCCAACUAAAUCUUUCAGAUUCUUGAAUCGUGCAGCAUUGAAAACGGAAAAAGACAAGCAAUUUAAUGGCUCAUAUACAAAAUCAUGGAAGUUGUGCACUGUCAAAGAAGUGGAAGACCUUAAAACCCUUAUCAAAAUCAUGCCGCUAUGGUCUACUGGCAUCUUUUUAAGCAUUACAAUAGCUAUUUCUAGUAGCCUCGUUGUACUCCAAGCCCUAUCUAUGGACAGGCACCUUGGCCCACACUUCACAAUCCCUGCUGGUUCAUUCCCAGUUUUCAACCUCUUAGCCACAGCCAUCUCCAUUUUCAUAGUUGAUCGCUUCAUACUACACAAGUUAAGACCCCUCCAACGAGUAGGGAUUGGUCAUGUGAUCAACAUUGUUGGAUUGGUCGGGUCAGCUCUACUCGAAAGGGGACGAUUAGGAGUGGUAGGAGCACAUCACCUCACAAAUCAGCCCGGGACAGUGGUGCCCAUGUCAGCCCUAUGGCUCGUGGCACCAAUGUCGGUUAUGGGAAUUGGUGAGGCGUUCCAGUUCCCUGGACAAGUUGCAUUGUACUAUGAACAAUUUCCAAAACCUCUGAAAAGUACUUCCACGGCUAUGAUGUCAUUGCUAAUUGGAAUUGGGUUUUAUCUCAGCACUGCAAUCACCCAUUUGGUAAAGCAGACAACGGGGUGGUUACCGAAUAAUAUAAAUCAAGGGCGUCUAGAUAAUGUAUUUUGGAUGUCAGCUGUGAUUGGAGUGGUGAAUUUUGUGUACUAUUUAAUUUGUGCCAAGUUUUUCAAGUGUCAAAACCAAAAUGUAUAA